CUUGUUUUGAAUGCAACUCACAUUAGACGAAGGAGUUGCCCUCUCCCAACAGCAUCACAUUCAUGAUCACCUCAGACAAGAAAUAUUAUAAAGAUAGAUGUAAACGCUGCUACGCGCAACAUUAAUUUGAUGCAAAAUGCAACCGUUCUGAGCAGGAAAGAAAAACUCCACAAUGCGGGAAUCGCUUUGAGCCAUAAUUAUCAACGUAUGGACCUGGUGCCCGUCGGCUGAGACAUCAUUUACGAUCUGUGAGACUGACGAGGCGGGACCGCCGACAGGAUGGUGGAGCGGUCGGACCGAGCCCCUCUGCUGGAUUGGGAGGAGGUUCCGUCCGCGGAGAAGCCCAGCGGACCAUCACCGGUGGCCGCACACGCCAAGGACCGACUGGCGAGCCCCUCCAACAGCCGUGCCUCACCGGGUGGCUCCGCUCCGGGGCUUGGGUGGAGCAGCGGUCCAGGGGGUCCCACUCCCAGCAGGUCUGCGUCCAACGCGGACCGCUGCGGCGCCCCACCCGCGACCUCCAGCACCCCGACGGGCCAGGAUGAAGCCCUGCAGUCCGACAACGAGGAUCAUCUCUCGGAUUCAGGAUCGAGGGAGCUAUCGCUGGAAGACAGGAUGGUGAAAUGGGAGGAAAAGGACCAGAUCGUUUCGGUCUUUGUGGUCACCUUCAAUACCAGAUCAGGAAACAUGCUGGAGUGGUGUCUGCCCAAAGACAUGGACCUGGAUGGAGUGGAGUUCAAAGCCAUCGCCAGCGGCUCCCACCGGGUCACCACAGACUUCAUCUACUUCCGGAAGGGCUGCUACUUUGGCCUCGCCUGCUUUGCCAACAUGGCGGUGGAGAGCACGGUGGAGAGGGGGGCGAGGAUGAAGUCAGUGGGGAUCCUGUCUCCUUCCUACACCCUGCUCUACCGCUACAUGAGCUUUCUGGAGCACCAGGUUAGGCUCCAGCUUCAGUCUCCAGGCCACUACUCUCCCCUGGAGGCCUUCUAUGAGGACAAGAGAGCACUUCUGCCCCCCAGUGGUGAUGGUGUUGUUACUGCAUGUCCAGCCAAUGCCUGGGGAGCUGCAAUCAACCACUGCAUGCACCCUGAGAUGAAGAUCACCCACCCGGCAGGCUGUAUGUCCCAGUUCAUCCGCUUCUUUGGGGAGCAGAUCAUGGUGCUGUGGAAACUGGCUCUCCUCCGCAGACGCAUCCUCAUCUUCUCCCCGCCACCUGUAGGCGUGGUCUGCUACAGAGUGUACUGCUGCUGCUGCCUGGCGAACAUCUCCCUCCCCGGGAUCGGCGAGGCCGUGCCCGAGUUCCGCCCCUUCUUCUACGUUAACGUGGCCGACAUCAGCGCCCUGGAGAACGAGCUCUCCUACGUGGCGUGUACAACUGAGAAGAUCUUUGAGGAGAAGAAGGACCUGUAUGACGUGUACGUAGACAAUCAGAAUGUAAAGACCUACAGGGACGGCCUGAAGCCGCUGCUCCGCCUCAGCACCGCCGACAGGGAGAAAUAUCGCAAACUCACUGAACAGAGGCAGAUGUUGCUGUACUCCCAGGAGGAGAAUGGUGACUGUGUGUCCAGUGAAGAGGAUCUAUUUAUCCUGUUUUUCCUGGAGCAGAACAACAGGAUUUUCCAGACCCUCGGCGAGGUGGCAGGGAGCCCCGACCCCACGCUGACCCAGGAGAGCGUGAGGGCCAUGGGUCUAGAUCCUCAUGGAGACCGUCUCUUCCUGCUCCACCUGCUGGAGAUCUAUGGCUACGACACCCUGCUGGUGUCGGAGCAACUGUGCUGCAGCUGAGAGACCUUUGAUGAGUGCUGGUUUUAAAAAGGGGGUCGAUUUGCCUCGAGCUAACGUCAAGUGCUGCACUACUGGUGUCUUGGAGUCUUCAGGACUGCUUGGAAUUUCUCUGGAAUAACCUUUUUGUUGUUGUGUAUAUACCCCUGUGCUGCUUUUGUUCACCGUGGUUGUGCACCCUCACAACCUGCUGGAAAAGGCAACAAUCAUCCUCGUGUAUUAUCACCGAGAAUAAUGUCGUCAAUUCGGCUCGACACAUGGAGGCUCAGGAUGGAUUACUUACCCGUGGCUGAUUAAAAGUGACUCUCUGGAUGGGAUACAGCGGCAGUAUUUUUAGCACUGAGCCGUGUUUGAAUGCCAUGGAUGGCAGGUCCAUGAUGAUUAAUGACUACUAAAGUGGCCUGAACUGUACUCGGACAUCAAGUCAAAUUUGAGAGCAAGAUGGAGCCAUGGAUUAGUGGGUUUUCAGUGAAUAAAACUGAUGUAUGAAAGUGAAAGUGGUAGCCGUUCUGUAAAUAAUCCCCCCCUCCCUUUAUGUAUAGUGUGUCAGUGUAUGUGUGAUAUGGGGUCCUCUGCCAGUGUUGCUUUCCUUGUAUCAAGUGCUGGAUUUAAAAAGCCUCUAUGUAACUACAAGCAGGACAAACCCACCUUAGUCUGACUAAGAUUUGUCGUUUAACUGCGACAAAUUGAGUUUGUCAUUUAAUGUUGAGACAAAUUACUGAGACCAAAUCCGAUGUUUUUCACGUGGACACGGAGGCGACUUGAAACGGCUCAUUUGCAUCGCUGCUCCUGCAGUUCAGCCUCCCAAAGAGCACAGUUUGGUCUCCGAUGCUGCUCUUAAAUGUCCCGUUGUGUUGGCAGCUCCAGCAUCAACACAAAGACGGGCCUUCAGGGAGCGAGUUCACAACUUCAGUUGAUUCUCUGUUCAGAGACACCGAGUUUAUUGUGAGGUUAUUUAACAGCUUCCAUCUGCAGCAUAGAGAAUCGGUUAAGACGCAACACUAACUAUUUAGGUACAUCUGUACAUUUUAAAGCACAGCACAGCAACGUAUGCUUUCGGCUUCGUCAAUAGAGAAGUAACAUUAUGUAGUGCAUAAGUGACAUAAAAGAAACAAGGUUCUCGGUUAUUCAGACAGGAAGUGUCAACGCUGCAUUAAUCAGAUUUUGGAUUGUUACAAUUUUAAUGGAUAACGAAUUAGUGAACAAUGGCCUAAUUGGAAAAGAAACAUAAGCGUUCAUGGAGUCAUGUUUUUACUUUGUUUCUUUUAGCUCUUCUUUGGCCUUCACCACCUGCUGGAAAAUAAAAUAGCUUUAAGCUGCUAGCUGCUAGCCUUUCUUCACCAGCUAGCGGCUAACGCUGCACGUCUCCCCUUUAGCGCUGAAUAGAUAGCAUAAAAUCUAAAAAAAGAAACCACAAUCUGUUGAUGCUGGAAACAUGAUUGUUUGAGUAGUGAGUUUGAACCGUACAGUUAAAUGUUCCAUAAGUAACUAGCUAAGAGGCUUAAAAAGCUCCACAGAUUAGUGAUAAUUCUCUGCAAGUUUGUUAGCGACCUCCUUCACGUUCCUGAUGAAUGCAGCUUCUAGUUAUUAUUCCCUUUGGUGGGACAUUUGAUUUCAGCCUGCAUACCUCCAUAGGGCAGGUAUAUCUUAAUGUGUGUAGCAAGGUCAGGGUGUUGGGGGUAUUUAUUUUGGACUAACCAUCAUUACAUUACUGCAAUGUGAAAAUCCAUGCGCAGAAAAAAAAAAAAAAAAAAGACUAAUUCUAUUGAAAUAACAAAGUCAAUUAUAUUGUUGAUUUUCAUCUGAAGAAGAAUGCUUUCUUUUCCCCAUCGAAACAUUUCGCAGAAGCUAACCCGGUGCUUCGGUUGCUGCACGCCAGGCACAAUGUUAUUCUGUCAUUUUAUGUUUUACAAUGAUCAUUUUUUUAUUACACAUGUUUCCGUUUAUUUAGAGUUUCUUUAGCCGUUUAUCAUUGAGUGUAAAUAUUCAAUUGCUGUAUCUGAUGAAAUGGGGUCAGCUGAAUGUGUUUUAUAAGGCAAAUAUGAUCCCACAGAGCCUCUGUGCACCACUGAACCCCUCAUGCAAUUAUGUGUCCGCUGUGCGAAAACAACCUCAAGCAUUUUCUUCACGCCACAUCGCAUGGCACCUUAGACUACGUGUACAAAGCUGAAGCAGCCAUCUUUGUAGGUGAAGGGAUAAUCCAACUCAUGUUAAAACACCGUCACUUUAUUUAUUUUACCGUAAAACCAUUUCAGAAAUAAAGUGCAUCACCACUGUUAAGGCAAA